CACACGGAACACGCAAUACGGAGCACGCAGCACGGAGCACACAGCACGGAGUACGCGGACACACCUAAAAACCCACUGAUAAAGUCAAACAACCAGUUCAAGGAGUCAUAAGGAUAAUGCGUAGCUGGCUUUUAUUGGGAUUAUAUGCGCUGCUAAUCGCCGCAACAGUUGGCCAGCCGCUGGAGCAGAAUGCGCCUGCCGAGACGGAGGGAUCAGAGCGAGGAGAGCGCGUGAGUCGCCAAAUUGGCUAUCCAUAUAGCUACGGAGGAUAUGGGGGCUACGGAGGAUAUGGUGGCUACGGCGGAUAUGGGGGCUACGGAGGAUAUGGAGCCGGUAUACGCUAUCCUUAUUAUCCUUAUGGCAAUCUGUACGGCUCCAGCAGCCUGGGGCUGGCGGGCAGCGGAUAUUAUGGUCGUCCUUAUGGUUAUGGCAAUGGCUAUAAUAUUGGAUAUCCGCUCAUUGGCGGCUUUGGUGCUACUGCCGGAGGCAUCUACGGCGGUGGUGCACCAUUCGCCCCAUUCGCUUAAGAACCAAAAAAGUACAAAUAGAAACGAAAACACUUGACAGAAUCCCAGUAAAGAGAAAACUACUAAAACCCAA